GGCGGGAAGCGCUAAUGGCGGCGCCCGAGACGGGGAAGUCGCUUGAAGGAGGGAAAGAAAGCGGGAGCGCUGCUGAUGGCGCAUCUACUUCUACUUCUCCUGCCGGGAGCGGCCGUUAUGAACUGCCCUGGGUCGAAAAAUACAGGCCAAUGAAGAUGUCGGAAAUUGUUGGCAAUGAAGACACUGUUAGCAGAUUAGAGGUGUUUGCAAGAGAAGGAAAUGUUCCAAAUAUUAUUAUUGCUGGCCCACCAGGAACUGGCAAAACCACCAGCAUUCUUUGUCUGGCUCGUGCACUUCUGGGCUCUGCGCUGAAAGAUGCCGUUUUGGAGCUCAAUGCAUCAAAUGACAGAGGCAUUGAUGUCGUCAGGAACAAAAUCAAGAUGUUUGCGCAACAAAAAGUCACACUUCCAAAAGGCCGGCAUAAAAUAAUUAUCUUGGAUGAAGCAGACAGCAUGACAGAUGGAGCCCAGCAAGCGUUGAGACGCACUAUGGAAAUUUAUUCUAAAACGACUCGUUUUGCUCUGGCUUGCAAUGCUUCUGACAAAAUCAUAGAGCCCAUCCAGUCUCGCUGUGCAGUUCUGCGAUACACCAAGCUAACAGAUGCCCAGAUUCUUAUGAGGCUAAUGAAAAUCAUCGCGAAGGAGGACAUACAAUAUACAGAUGAUGGUUUAGAAGCAAUUAUCUUCACUGCCCAGGGAGACAUGAGACAGGCACUAAACAACUUGCAAUCUACCCAUUCCGGAUUUGGUUUCAUCAAUAGCGAGAAUGUAUUUAAGGUGUGUGAUGAACCCCAUCCUUUGCUGGUGAAGGAGAUGAUCGGUCAUUGUGUCAAUGCAAACAUUGAUGAAGCUUAUAAGAUUCUUGCUCACUUAUGGAAGCUUGGUUACUCACCUGAAGACAUCAUCGGCAAUAUUUUCCGAGUCUGUAAAACAUUCCAAAUGGCAGAAUAUCUGAAGUUGGAGUUCAUUAAGGAAAUCGGUUACACGCACAUGAAGAUAGUAGAAGGAGUACAUUCGCUCCUACAAAUGGCAGGCUUGCUAGCCCGUCUCUGUCAGAAGACUGCUGCUCCCACCACAAGCUGAGAGGAUGGACAGCAAGUUAGCCAAUAAGGAGGAGAUUUUGCAAACUGAGUAGCUGCUGUGUGCAACCAACGCAUGAGUGCACGGCUUAGCAUAUAGUUGGUGGGUGCGAAUACAGUUGUCAAAGCUGUGGUUUCCCUUACGACUUGUGUUUUUUACAAUUAAAUAAAACUUUGUUAUAAAAACUA